UCACAGUUUAAUGAAACUGCAUAAACAAAUUCCAAGUUUCCACCUUUGCCAACUCAUCACCACUUGCACCCUUUGUUCCUAAAAAACCAACUCAGUAAUCAGUACCACAGUACCAUGCGUGGCACACCACACUCAAAUAUACCCUCUCUCUUCUUCACCUCUCCUUCACAUAAAUAACUUCACCACAAUCCUCUAAACCGUUGCAGAAAAAACUCAUUCACAAUCACAAUGAGAGAACAAAAACUAAUAACUUUCAUUUACAUUGUUCUAUCAAUCUUAUCUUUAUCAACAACAACAGUAACAUCAUUGAACCAAGAAGGGUUGUACCUGUACCAAUUUAAGCUUACCUUAGACGAUCCAGACUCAUCACUUUCCUCAUGGAACCCAAGAGACACAACACCAUGUAACUGGUACGGUAUAAUCUGCGACACCACAAACACCACCGUAACAGAAAUCAACCUCUCCGACACAAACAUUCAAGGUCCAUUCACAGCUUCAAUUCUCUGCCGUCUACCUAAUCUAUCUUCCAUAAACCUCUUCAACAACUCCAUUAACCAAACGUUCCCUCUCCAAAUCUCUCUAUGUAACAACCUCAUCCAUCUCGAUCUCUCCCAGAAUCUCCUCACUGGUCCUCUCCCUCAAACACUCUCUCUCCUCCCUAACCUACGUUAUCUCGACCUCACUGGAAACAAUUUCUCCGGUUCAAUUCCUGGUUCCUUCGGAACAUUCCAGAAUCUCGAGGUUUUAUCGUUAGUCUCGAAUCUUCUAGAAGGUACUAUUCCUCCCUCACUUGGUAACAUAUCAACCUUAAAAAUGCUUAAUCUAUCUUACAACCCGUUUUUCCCGGGUCGGAUUCCGUUAGAGCUUGGAAAUUUAACUAACCUUGAAGUUCUAUGGUUAACACAAUGUAAUCUCGUUGGUGUUAUUCCUGAAACGCUUGGGAAACUUAAGAAGCUUAAAGAUUUAGACCUUGCGUUGAACGAUUUAUAUGGUUCUAUACCGAGUUCACUCACUGAGUUAACUAGUUUGAGACAGAUUGAGUUGUAUAAUAACUCGUUGUCUGGUGAGUUGCCUCGGGGAAUGGGGAAUCUUACUUCGUUGAGGCUACUUGAUGCUUCGAUGAAUCAUUUAACGGGGAGGAUUCCGGUGGAGCUUUGUUCGUUACCGUUGGAGAGUCUUAAUUUGUAUGAGAAUCGUUUUGAAGGUGAGUUACCGGCGAGUAUAGCUGACUCGCCGAAUUUGUAUGAGUUGAGAUUGUUUGGAAACCGGCUUACCGGAAAGUUACCGGAGAAUCUUGGGAAACGUUCUCCGUUGAGGUGGCUUGAUGUUUCGAGUAAUCAGUUUUGGGGGAGUAUUCCGGCGAGUUUGUGUGAUCUUGGUGAGUUGGAGGAGCUUCUUAUGAUAUAUAAUUUGUUCACCGGUGAGAUUCCGGCGAGUUUGGGGACGUGUCAGAGUUUGACGCGCGUGCGUUUAGGUUAUAAUAGGUUUUCCGGUGAGGUUCCCGCGGGGAUCUGGGGUCUACCUCAUGUGUAUUUGCUUGAGCUUGCUCAUAACUCGUUUUCCGGUUCCAUUUCGAAGACUAUUGCCGGAGCAGGGAACCUUUCGUUGUUGAUUUUGUCGACGAACAACUUCUCGGGAAAUGUUCCCGAUGAGGUUGGGUGGUUGGAAAAUCUUGUCGAGUUUUCAGCCGGUGAUAACAUGUUCAGUGGCGCACUUCCUGAUAGUUUGGUGAAUCUUAACCAGCUUGGGAUUCUUGAUUUUCACAACAAUAGGCUUUCUGGGGAAUUACCAAAGGGGAUUCAUUCUUGGAAAAAGCUCAACGAUUUGAAUUUGGCUAACAAUGGGAUUGGUGGGAAGAUUCCUGAUGAAAUCGGUAGCUUAUCUGUGCUUAAUUUUCUCGAUCUUUCUCGGAAUCAAUUUUCCGGGAAAAUCCCUCAUGGAUUGCAGAAUCUUAAGCUCAAUCAGCUGAACUUGUCGUAUAAUCGUCUUUCGGGAGAACUUCCUCCUCAGUUGGCUAAGGAAAUGUACAAGUCUAGUUUCCUUGGUAAUCCUGGUUUGUGUGGAGAUUUGAAAGGUUUGUGUGAUGGUAGAAAUGAAGUAAAGAACUUGGGUUAUAUUUGGUUGCUUCGAGUAAUUUUCCUUGUUGCUAUUUUGGUGUUACUGGUAGGUGUUGUCUUGUUCUACUUUAGGUACAAGAAUUUCAAGGAUGCGAAAAGGGCUAUUGAUAAAUCGAAAUGGACUUUGAUGUCGUUUCAUAAACUGGGUUUUGGUGAAGAUGAGAUUUUGAAUUGUCUUGAUGAAGAUAAUGUCAUUGGAAGUGGUUCAUCCGGGAAGGUUUACAAGGUUGUACUUAAUAGUGGAGAAGCUGUUGCUGUGAAGAAGAUAUGGGGAGGUGUUAGGAAGGAAGUGGAGAGUGGAGAUGUCGAGAAAGGUAGGGUUCAAGACAAUGCUUUUGAUGCAGAAGUCGAAACUCUAGGAAAAAUCAGACACAAGAACAUUGUCAAGCUAUGGUGUUGUUGUACCACUAGGGACUCCCAGCUUUUGGUUUAUGAGUAUAUGCAAAAUGGUAGUCUUGGUGAUUUGCUUCAUAGCAGUAAAGGAGGGUUGUUGGAAUGGCCAACUAGAUACAAGAUAGCCGUCGAUGCUGCAGAUGGACUCUCUUAUCUGCAUCAUGACUGCGUUCCCCCAAUUGUUCAUAGAGAUGUUAAAUCUAACAAUAUCUUGUUGGAUGGGGACUUCGGUGCAAGGGUGGCAGAUUUUGGAUUAGCUAAGGUUGUCGAAACCACAGGAAAAGGGAUUAAAUCCAUGUCCAUCAUUGCUGGUUCUUGUGGCUAUAUUGCACCAGAAUAUGCAUACACACUCAGAGUGAAUGAGAAGAGCGACAUUUAUAGUUUUGGUGUUGUUAUACUUGAGCUGGUUACCGGAAGACGCCCAGUGGAUCCUGAAUUUGGAGAGAAAGAUUUAGUCAAGUGGGUUUGCACUACUUUGGAUCAAAAAGGUGUGGAUCAUGUACUUGACUCAAGGCUUGAUUCAUGUUUCAAAGAAGAAAUUUGCAAGGUCUUCAACAUUGGCCUCAUGUGUACUAGUCCUCUUCCAAUCAACCGGCCUUCAAUGAGAAGAGUAGUGAAGAUGUUGCAAGAAGUAGGAAUAGAGAACCAAAUGAAACCUGCCAAGAAAGAUGGAAAAUUAACACCUUAUUACUAUGAUGAUGCAUCAGAUCAUGGAAGUGUUGUUUGAAUCAUUCAAGUCCUUGCAAAGGGUUGGAUUGUUUGAUUCUGAAUGGGGAGUUUUGAAGCUUUUUAUUUUAUACUAUAAGCCAACUUCCCCUCCAUGAUUUCCACUUAUGCUCUAAUCUUUACAAAGUGGACUGAAGAAAAAGGGUUGAUUUUGUUUUUUGAUUUGGGGGCAAAUUAGAGGCUUAAGGACUUGAUGUUUUUACCCUAUAAAGUAGGUCCAAAUCAAGGCCAAAUUUAAGUUGGUGUUAGUUAAUAGUAGUUAGUAUUACUAACUCUUGUAUUCAUGAACUAUAUUUCCACACUAAAAAAAACAGUUUCUGUCAA